AUGAUGCGAUCUCUGAAAAGUUUCAGUCAUGAACAGGCAGAAGUAGGGAGGUUGCCCAGGAUACGUCGAAUUACGACAGGUUUUACUUAUGGUCCUAUGUCAGUUCGCACUUGCUCAAGUACGCGUAUCUACUUAGUGCCAAUGGUUCCUGUCUUUCUGAGGCUAAUAGAAACCCUAUCCUUGUUAAAGACAGUAAGACGCUUUGAAGUAACGCCCCCUUGA